UUAUGAACAACGUUUCAUUAUUUCCACAGAUUACCGACAUCAACGAUCCUAACUAUUUGUAUCCAGAAAAUGUGUUUGCAAAUAGCGUUGGUACUCUACUUUCAAAGGAUUCAGAUUGAAACCAUUUCGGCUGGAGUUCUUCCAUUCAAAAACACCAAGAACUCUGUCUUCAACACAAUCUAGGAGAGGAGCAAGUGUCUCAGAGUGACUUGAUAAGCAAUUAUUUAGACAACUCUUUGUUCUCGGAGAUCAGAAAACCAAAUCACUUGCACAUUCAAGAGCAACAGAUAGAUAGCCAAGCCUGCAAACAAAAUGAAGAUUGAGUCCAAGAUAAAGACUCAAAUAAUAAGAUUCUGAUAUUUUCCCCUCCUACUCUCUCAGACAAUCAGAGCUGCCAUAAACUAAAGCCAGUCAGAAAAGAUGUGCGUCUGAAGCCUCUGUUGAGGAUGGUCAGAAAAUAUUUCAGAGACAUCUUUAAAUCCCAGAACGCUAAGAUUGUCAGGAAGAGAUACAUCAACUGCAGAGCCAACGAAAUCUCACUCUGAAUGGAGGCUCUUCUCGCUGAAUUAUUUCCUCAAUUAGAAAUCACUGAAGACUUAAUUUACUACACAAUGGGGAUCCUCAACCUUCGCACAAUUCAGAGAUUGAGCUGUAACCAAAGUGUCAAAGAUGAAAUCAGUGAUUUCCAGCUCUGCUGCAAGAAGUUCUCCCAGAAAAGACUUACAAAGGCAAUGCAAUCAAAGAGUUUGAAAGUGCUAUGAGGCUACCUUGUUGAGAAUUGUGAAGACCCAAAGAUGGAUGCUUUAAGAGAAGAACUUGGCUCAGAGCAAACUAAGUAG